AUGGCGGCGAACUCUCAAAGAAACUCGAACACAGCAGCCAGCAGAUGCCAGAACGAGGGAAGCCCCAAGUCGGCUCCAAAUCGGCCCCAAAUCGAGUCAGCGCCAACAAUUUGUGUCGCUUUCCAGGUUCCCGUCCUCUGCAAUCGGCAGGCGUCAACUGAUUGGAUCUGUACCCAUAUCCGGUACCUUAUGGAAGGAAUGCUCUUUGCCCUUCUUUCUUCUCGAUCACAGAUACCCGUGGGUCACUCUACAAGUACAUACAUACAUUGCCUACGGCUGCCAACGUCAGGUCUGAACUCGAACGGUAUCUCCUCCGUCGUCCUCCACGCCCUCGUGGGUAUCAUUUUCUGGAGACCUGCCAGGAAAACAGUAACAACUCCAUACUCUUCAGAUGCUGUGCAGCUCUUUACAGGGGUCUGUCCGGUCCAACAUGGCAACGCCAAGACCAUGACCCUCAGCACGCCCCAGUGCAACUUCAAAGGACGGGGACUUCAUGUCCCCCGUCUGUGUACGAAUACGCCCUUCCUCCGCCGCACAGAACUCAAGGUACCUUGGGCUGUCAGUGGGACUACAGACGAUGUACCUUGCCGUUGCCACAGCCCACAGACGGGUUCUCAUCUUCCCGCCGUAUUCUGCAUAUGUCUGGCAGCGGUCGGGGUGGCUUCAGCUUACCCGUCGUACUCUAACCUCCUAUGGACCUGCGAUUCGUUCAUCAGGAAACUACAAAGUACUCAUUACGCACUUCACAGUUCCCCUUUUUUCAACGGUCCCAUCAUAAACUCAAGGGGAUCCCUUCGGCAACCUCACAUCGUCUUCCCUGUCGACGACUCUGCCUACGCGUUCGCCGCUGGUUCGGUUGCAACACAGGAGCCUGACUGUACCGACCGACACGCACACCAACGACGGGACACUGAAGCUAGAUCUCUUCCCCGCGUGGCCGUGUGCAGCCGCUUCGCAUUGCUUCAUAUCCCACCCGCAAACACCCAAUUAACUCCGUCGUCCGUUGUUCAGACUCUCACCCCUUCAUUAGGCAAACCUGACACUGUGAUGGCCGUCCGUCCGCGCUUUGGGAAUGAAUGA